CAAAAUGCUGAGCAGCCACAUUCUUCCACCUUGAGGCUAGAAGCAUGAUCACCACCACAAUUAUUCCCACGAGCAUAACGAGCUCUUCCUGCGAGGUCGAAACUCCAGGCCAGCCGACGGUGAGCCUCCCGCCCCCAUUUGUUCAAACUCAAUUGUCCCAACAGUCCCAACAAUAGAGCUCAGGCCCUUCGCAUCCCACACAAAGUACUGAAUGACCAUGACACAGGUGCUGCUGCUGCCCGCGCUGCUGCUAGCUGGCGCAGCUGCGGCGUUGCUACUCACUGUCGCGCUGCUCGCCGGAUGUGCGGCGGCGGAGGAUGCUAUUGACGGCGAAGCGACUGUUGUAAAAGCAGCGAGCGCCGGAACCGACGACGGCGACGGCACGCGCAACGUGACGAGGCGCCGGCGGGGCGCAACCGGCCGGAGCGCGGGAAACCUGGGACUGCAGGGGGUCCCAGGGGUCAAGCCGCCACACCACCCGCCGCCUCCAACCGCCGCGGGGGUUCGCUCUGCCCCCCACCAGCACCCGCAGCAGGCUUCCUCCGCAACAAGCCUGCAGCCUGUGGCUUCGCGGCAGCAGCAGCGGCAGCAGCAGUCGGCUGCGGAGCGGCAGGAGCAGGCCGCGACCCAGAUCGAGAUGCCGCCGCCACCACCGACACGAAGCGUGCGCUCACUGCAGAUGCCGCCGCCUGCGCCGCUGCCGCCGCCGCCGCCGCCAGCGUCGUUCCCAUCUGGGUCAGAGUCGUUUUACUCCCGCCGCCAGCCCUCUUCCCAUCAGUCCAGCUUUGAAGACGCAGCCGAGCCUUAUGAGUCGCCAUUCAACUGGUCCGCGGCCGCCGCCUCCAGCUCCGCCGCAAGCCUGCCGCCGACGUCCCUGCCGGGCUCCGUCCGAACCAGCCUCAGUGGCAGCGGCGGUGGCGGUGGCGGCGGGGGAGCUGGAGGCGGCACCAGCGGCAGCACGAUGGGAAGUGGCGGUGGCGGCGGCGGCGGUCGUGUCAGCCACCGUCGUGCGGAGAGGGCCGCACAAUACGCAGCGGCAGCUACCACCGGACGUGACAGCGGCGCCGCCAUCGGCGCUGCCGCCGUCACCGCUGCCGCGGCGGCGACGGCGGCGCUUGCGGCGGCGGCGGCAUCCGGCACCAGCAGCGGCUCUUCCCACUCUGCUGACUCUUCAAGCGCCAGGGCUCAGCGGCGGGAGCGCCGGCACGCCAUGCUGGCGACCGCACCGCCGCCGCCUGACGCAGCAGACCCAGCAGACCUGACGGCGCCGCCCCAGCCCGCCGGCGUCCGCUACGUGACCCGCGAGCUACUGCCUGCCGCCACCGCCGCCACCGCCUCUGCAGGUCGCGGUUUCCGUAGCCCGCCGCCGCCGCAGCUCCGGUGCGAGUCGGCUGCUGCCGCCAUUGGCGCCAACGGCAAAGCCGGUGAGAGGCACGGUGACGGCGGCAGCGGCCUGCUCGCGUCCCGAAUGGACUCGGAUCUGGAUUCCGGACAGCAGGGCCUGCUCCACUCCCUCAGCCGUCCGCCGCACAGCCCCUCCGGGUGGCGGGCGCCGCUACAGCCGCCACAGCCGCCGCCGCUGCUACAGCCGCCACUGCCGGUAGUAGCGGCUGUAGAGGCAGCACUGCUAGCGCCCGCAACACCCGAGCAGUAUCACUACCCCGCGGCGGCGGCAGCGGCGGCGGCGGAGAGCCGCCGCCAGCGGGCGCUGCCGCCGCCAGCAGUGGCGUGGUCCGAGCCGGGCGUGCUACAGCUGCCUAGCGGGCUGCCUGCUGUGCAGUCCUCGGCUGUAGCAAGCGCCGCCGCCGGCCCCAGCACCGGCGGCGGCGCCGGCGGCGAGUGCUACAGCCUGUUUUGGCUUGACGCGGAAGGCAGUAGCAGCCGAGUCAUGCAGCUGGCGGAGGAGCCCAGCAGUAGCAGCGUGCUGGCGGCGACGUACUACAGCCACCACCACCACGGCAGCGGGCUUGCCGACCAUGAAGAGCAGUUCGACACCACUGCUUCGUUUGCGGGUCAAGUCGCCACGCUGGGGCAGGGCGCCGAGGCGCCUGCCGCUGCGGCUGCCGCUGCCACUGCGGCGGCGGCGACCGAGGUGGCGGCAGCGGUGGCGGCUGGUACUGGCGACUCCGGCAUCGCUAGCAGCGCAGGUGGGGAAGCAUCGCAGGAGCAGGAGCACGAGCACGAGCAGGAGCGACAGCGGUCGCCCUUUGAAGGCUAUCCGCCGCAGCAGCCGUCUCCCCGACUGCCAUCCACAUCAACAUCGCCGCAGCAGCCGCUGCUGCUGCCACAGCCACAGCCGUGGCAGCGGCGGCAGGCGGCCAAAGCCAUCGAGGCCGUCGAGGCCGCCACUGGCUGGUCGCCGGCGACAGUAGCAGCAGCGCCGCCGCCGCCACAAAGCCGCGUCCUGUCCAAGCACCCCAGCUUCCUUGCCUACCUGCGGCAUGUGGGUCUGGUGGCGGCACCAGACCAGCCGCCGCCGGACCAGUCGCAGCAGCUGCUGCCACCAGACAGGGCGGCGCCGCGCCAAGACCAGACGCCACCGCCGCCGCGACUGCAGCCGCCGCAGCGACAAUCCGUGCGCCAGAGACGCUCCACAGGGUCGGCCGCUGGGCCCAGUCGUGGCGGCAGUAGCCUCGAGGUUAUACCCAGCAGCGGCAGUAGCAGCGGCGGCGGCGGCGUAGAUGAGGCGGCGGCGAUGGCGGAGCAGCAGGCGAAGCACGUCCGCGGCCGAGGUAGCGGCCGGCAUCAGAGCAGCAGUGAGGAAGGGGAGGGGGUCGAGUCUGCGCGGUCGGCGGUUUUGGCGACAGAGGCAGACUCGGAGGUAGCAGCAUCUGCUGCUACGGGAGGGAGCGGUGAUGGCGGGCUGCUACAGCCGCUGCGGGCGCCGGUGCCGGCAGUGACGGCGCCUUCGAUGCCGCUGCCGGCACAGACCGGCAAUAGCAUGCUCGGCGGUGGCAUCAUUCGCUUCGUACACCUGGUCACGGGAGCUGAGGGCGUCGGCGGCGUGGCGGCGCUGCUGCCGCUGAGUGACGGCUCCCAGGCGACCGGCAGUGCCGGCGGCGGCGGCGGCAGUAGCAUCCGCGGCGCCGCCGGCGGCCGCAGCGGUCAGACCAGCAGCUGCUACAGCCACAGCCACGUCAGCAGCGGCGCCGGCGGUGCCGGCACCAGCGUCGUCGGCAUCGGCGCCAGCAGCAGCCACAGCUGCAGCGGCACGGAAGCAGGCGUCGAAGAGGGGUCGCUGCUGCUACUGCCGGGGCGCGGCAGUAGCAUGUCCUCGCUCGGCGGCGGCGGCGGCGCCAGCGGCGGCCCCAUGGGCUCGGGGGCGGCGUCCCAUCUGGAGCCCGACACGAGCUUCGGCAGUAGCAUCACUGAGGGCGGCGGCGCCGCCGCCGCUGCCGUUGCCAGGGCUGCAGCCGCGCUUCUACAGCCAUCGCAACAGCAGCCGCCACCGCUGCAGCAGCAGCAGCAGCAGCAGCAGCAGCAGCACUUGUACGGCAGUAGCUGCAGCUCUAUGUCGCCCUUCGCGACCAGCCACGCCACCGGGCGCGGCGGAGAGGCAGCGGUUGGCAGUAGCAGUGGCGGCGCCACCGCCGGCGCCGCCUUCACGCCGUCGAGGGUGGCGGGGGCGGCAGUGGCGGCGCCGCCGCUGCUACUGCCAUCCCUGCAGCAGUCCAGUGUUCGGUUGGCUGACCUGGUGCCGCCGUCGCUGCUACAGCCACCGGCCGCGCGGCCGGCGUCAGUGGCUGAGGCUGCGGAGGCGGCAGCUACAGUUGCUGCGCCAGGCCGGCUGCAAUCGGCGCGGCCAACGCCACUCGGGCUCGGCGCGCUACCGAGUGUGUCGGCUUUAGCAGCUGCUGCUGCAGCUGCGCCCUGCGCUGCCCGGCCGCCGCUACCGCCUGGGGGGGUGCCGCAGCCGCCGCCCACUUCGUCUGUGCUGUACAAGAGCCGUUGUAGCACCAAGACCCUGGCAGUCAAGCUUGAGGGAGCUCAAGCACACCGCGCUGGCACCGCCAGCGCCGCCGCCAGCGCCGCCGCUGCCGCCGUCAGCGGCGCCGGCGGCGGCGGCUGCAGCGCCGCCGCCGCCGGCGUCGACCACCUGCUGUCGGAGCCCGCCGCCGCCGCCGCCGUCGCCGCCGCCGCCAGCCGUCACGUGGCUUCCACGCUGUUGCGCCACGUGCCGCCGGGCCGCCGCCUGGUCUCCGUUAGCGCGCUGGCGGUGCGAGGCUGCGUGCAGCUGUUACUGCGGCUACAGCUGGGUCCGGAGCCGCCGCUACAGCCGCCGCCACAGCAGGUUCAAGCGGGCUUGGCUGUAGCAGAAGUAGGGCCGGGCGAGGAAGAGCAGGAGGUGCUGCUGCUGCCGCUCAAUGGGUUGGGCGGUGUGCAGGGGCUGGAGCAGGGGAUGGAGGAGAUGGCAGUAGCAGGAGGCAGCGACAGCAGCGGUGAAGAUGUGCUGGCGGCGCUCCUGCGCGAGCUGGGCGCAGCCGCUGCUACAGCCGCCGCCGCCGUCGCCGCUGCCGCGAUUGGUGCUGAUGGCGUUGCCGCGAUUGGUGCUGCUGCUGGUAAUGCUGGUUCUGCAGUAAGGGCCGGCCCGGCAACAGGCGACGACUGGACAACAGUGCCGCUGGCGGCGGCGGCUGCGGCGGCGGCGGCCGGUCCGGUAACGCCUGAGCGCCCGACAGGCGGUGACGGCGGUAGCCAUGGCUGGCGGCGGCGGCCGCGGCCCGCGGGUGCGGGCUCCGCUGCAGCGUCAAUGUCCGGACCGUCUGCUGCUGGGCCACCGCCGCCAUCGCCGCCGCAAUCGCCGCCGUCGCCUUCUGCUGCAGGAGGGCGGCGGCACCGCCACCACGCACAGCAGCAGGCGGCGCCGACCCACACCGGAGGAAUGGAGACGGUGCAAGAGGAGGGGGAGGAGGAGGCGCAGGCAGAGGAGAUCGGCGGCGGCGGCGCGGGUUCUGUCCCGGACCCGGCGCCCCCGCCGGCGGCGGCGGCGGCAGUGCCUGAGGGCUCCCUGCUACGUGUGCACAUCUGCUUGCAAGGCGGCGGCCACACCCGCACCCUGGCAACACAGCAGCCCCUGUUGCUGCCGGGCCGCAGCAGCGGCGGCGGCGGCGUUGGCGGCGGCGGCAGUGGCGGCGGCGGCAGUGGCGGCGGCGUUGGCGGCGGCAGGGCUGUAGCGCCGCGGGCUGCUGCUACAGCCGGCGGCGGCUCCUCACCGCCUCGUCAUGGGGCUCGAUCCCCAAGAGCCCCCCGGACGCCAACUCAACACCAAGAGCCGCCGAGCCCGGCUGCUGCUGCUGCUGCUGCUGCUACUGCCAACGCAGUAGACGCUACCGCCGCUACCGCUGGUGGCAGCGAUGCUGGCAGCAGCGUCGGUCACAGCAGCGAUAGCGCGGCGGCGGUGGCGGCGGCGGCGGCAGUGGCGGCGGCUUGGGUGCGCGUGGAGCCGCCGGCGCUGGCGCGUGCGGCUUCGCAGGCGCCUCGGCCCUCGCCUGCCGCCGCCACUGCCGCCGCUGCGGGACUGGAGGCUUCUGCUGCUAGUGCUGCCGAGUCAUUUGCUGCUGCGUCGGCGGCCGCGGCGGCGGCGGCGGCGGCGGCAGAGCCCGAGGUGAUGGAGGUUGAGUUGCUGGUGGCGCAGGGCUGUGAGCCGACGACCCCCAGCGCCGCCGCCGCGGCUGCAAGGUAUCGCGUGGUGGCGGCGGUGGGGCCGGAGGUGGUGGCAGACGAGACUGUGCAGCUGCCGCCGCCACCACCUCAACAACACCCGCACCAGCACCCGCACCUGUACCACUGGGCAGCGGCUGUAGCAGAAGGUGAUGCAGCUGAUGCUACAGCCGCACCCUCAGUGUGGCUGCUGCGGCAGCAACAGCCACCUCCGUCUCAGCGGCAUUCGUACCAGUACAGCGAGGAAGACGAAUCGUUCACAGCGGAUAUCGAGGGUGUCGGAGACCGCCCGCCGCCGCCACCGCUGCCGCCGCCGCCUCAGCUGCAGGGCGGCAUGACUCUACUGGUGCUGCCGCCAGCCGCCGCCGAGGAGAUGAAUCGGCAUGUGCGUGGCGUGCUGUACGGCGGCGAUGACGGCGGCAACUGUGCCGGCGGCGGUAGCGGCGGCGGCGGCGAAAAUGGCGGCGGCGCCGCUGCCGCAUCGAGCACCUCGCCGCCGGACAAGGUGCCAGCCGCCGGCAGUGCCGCCGGGACGGCCGAUAAGCCACCAGCGUUGGCUGCGGCGGCGGUGGCGGCGGAGGUUGCUGACGAGGCAGAGGCUGCUCGGUGCGAGCGCUGGCGGCGGCACCUGCAACCUCUUCUUGCCGACUUCGGUUAUGUGCUAGAGACGGCGGCGGAGGUGGCUGCCGACGUCGCGGCGGCGGCAGAGCUGGCAGCGGCGCACGCCGCCACCGCUGCGUCGCACGGCCCCGCCGCCGCGACUGCGGCGGCGGCGACGCUGCGUGCGUCGGCCGCGACAGGGGCGGCGACGGCGGCGGCGGCGGCGUGGCUUGCACUGGCAGGGGACGUGGCGGCGCACUGCGCAGCGGCGGGUAUGCCGGCGUGUGUGGAGCUGCUGCGGACGCUGACGGCGGAGCUGCUUGCAGCGGAGGCGGCGGGGCUGGCGGCGGCGGAGGCUGCUAGGGCAGAAGAUGGAGCGGCGGCGGCGGCGGCAGCGGUGGUGGCGGAGGCGGAGGCGGAGGCGGAGGCAGCGCCGACUGCCCGAGUGAUUGCACAGCAGCCGGUGACGACGGCGAUGGCGCCAGGGGUGCCUGAGGCGGAGGUGGAGCAGGGCACAAAUGCUGCUACUGCCGACGCCGCUGGGCCCGGCACGGCUGAGCCAGACGCCGCAUCGCAUGUCGCCAACGCAGCUGCUGUUGGCGCGGCAGAGGCACAGGCAGUAGGGGAAACCGAGGCAGUAGAGGCAGCUGCCCCUGCUGCCCCUGCUGCCAGGGAAAGCGUGGAGGACAGUCACCGCCAUCGCCGCAACAUGCAGCAGCGGCAUUUUGCCGCCCACGCCACCGCCGCUGCCACUGCUGCUACUGCUGCUGUCAGCGGUCAAGGCGGAACCAUUCGGGCGGUGCCGGCGGCGCUGACGGCGGCACUGCUGACGGCGCCAGCGCCAGCAGCGGCGGAGGCGGGCGUCACCAACUUUUCCCAGGACGCCGUUGCUUGGGAGGAAUGCUGCUGGGACGUCCGGGCAGCCAUGUCUGAGCCGCUACAGCCGCAGCUCACCAGCUUGCACGAUUGCGCUGUAGCUGCAGAUGCUACAGCCGAUGCCGCUGGAGCGGGCGCGGCUGCGGUGGCAGCGGCGCCAGACGUGAUACAGCCAGCCUACGUGCAUGCACUGCUGCCGGCGUUUGCUGCCGAGGCUGGCGGCAAGCAGGCCGGCGGCGAGCAUGGCGGCGGCGGCCACGGCGGCGGCGGCUGUAGCGGCAGUGGUGACAGCGAUGUCAUGGAGUGCAGCCCCUUCAGCACCAGUAACGUCGUUGACGACAGUAGCGGCAGCGGCGGCGGCGCCCGCGAUGGCGGCAGUGGUGACGGCGGCAGCGGCGACUCUGCUGUCGGAGCAACCGGGCGGCAGCGGCGGCGCCGCCGCCGCCGUAGUAGCAGUAGCCUGGCGAGCCCGCCGCCGGCACACCACCACGAGCUGCAGGCCCAGCCGCUGAGCAGCAGCCUAAACAGCAGGCACGGCGGCGGCGUGCGGCUGGGCAGUAGCAGCAGCGUCCUUCAGGGGCUGAGCUACAGCCGCCGUACAUGCACCCUGCUGCCGCCGCCUGCCGCCGCCCCGCAAUCCCUCAGCCGCACAAGCCCAGCCGCCGCGCAGCUCAUGUCGCCGCAGUCGUACGGCGAGGCGGGCCGGUACUUCGUACGGCUGCCGCCGCCACCAUUUCCGGCGGCGGCGGCGGCGGCGGCGGGAAGCCGCGGUGGCGGCGGCGGCGGCUCCCUGGUGCCGUCGUCGCUGCUACCCGCGGGGUAUGACUCGGCGUCAGGCGUGUUCUCAAGUGACGCCGAGAGCGAGAGUGCUACAGCUUAUCACACAGCCGGGUCGGCGGCAGGAGUUGCUACUGCCGAUGCAUGGCCACCAGCUGUUCCCGACACUGCUGCUACUGCUACUGCUGCUAUUGCCGACGCGGAGCCCACGGCCCUUGCAUUCCAUCCGGUGUGCCACCUUGCGGCGGCCGGCAGUAGCAGCAGCAGACGUGGCGCCGGCGGCGGCGGCGGCGGCGGCGGCCGCCGGUCCGCCGCCAGUGGCCAAGGCGUCGGCGGCGGCGGCAGUAGCGGCGGCGGGUGCCAGCAGCGGCUGUCGCUGGUGCCGCCGGGGUUGGAGGAGGUGGAGUGUCAGCUGCUCGUGUCGAAGCUACACCCUGCCGAAAUGCCCAGCCGCGGCUGUAGCAGCCAGGGCGGCGGCGGCACCCCAGCCAAUGAUGACGUGGCGAUGCUGGUGCUGCAGCGGCUACAGCCGGAGGCGGCGGGGCCGCUGGCGGGCUUUGACGUGCUGCACUGCUGCCUGCUGGCCAAAGAGCUACAGCUGCUACUGCCGCCGCCGCAGGAGGAGGAGCCGAAGGCGCAGCAACAGGACGAGCUACAGCCACAGCCAUCGCUGCUACAGCCACAGUCGCAGACGCAGUGGGGCUCACCGCGGCUGGCAGCCCAACCGGCCGACGGGAGCGCUCCCCCGCAGCACCGCGCAGCUGCUACAGGCGCCGCGCCACCGACAGGCGCCGUGCCGCCGACAGCCGCUACAGCCGCUACAGCCGCUGCCGGCACAGGCAUUGCCUGGGGCGGCUUUGCCCUGCUGCCCGCCGGCGGCAGUAGCACCUACACCGCCAGCGGGGCUGCCGCGGAGGCCGCCACCGCCGGCGGCGGCUGUGCCGCGAGCAGUGCCUGUGGCACAGACGAGGCAGCGGGGCGCUGGCCCAACAGCUACAGCAGCGGCGCCCUCGCCACCGCACAGGCGUCUGCGGAGCCGGGCGGGCGUUACAGCGGCGGCGGCAGCGGCACGCGUGUUGCCAGCGAAGCAACCGACGGCGGCGGCGGCUCGGCGGCGGCGUCCCAAGACGCCGCCGUCAGCGCCACCGCGGUGCUACAGCUGCGGCAGCUCGGCUACUGCCAGGUCCGCUGCGACCUGCUGCUGCGGCAGCUGCUGCUACUGCCGCCCGCCGCCGCCGUCGUUGAGGCUGCAGCAGCUUGCGUUCCUGCCGAUGCCUGCCCGAGCGGCUCCCAGCCCCAGCACGAGCACGAGCGCGCGUGCCUGAGUGUGCAAGGCGCCAGCGGUGGCGCCGUCGGUGGAGCCGCCACCGCAUCCGGAAACGACGCCAUCAGAACCGGCCCUGUCGGUGGCAGCGGCGGCAGCAGCGGCGCCGGCGACGCCGGCGUCUACGCGCUUGGAGGAUUCAGUGAGGCCGGCGACAGCAGUAGCUACUUGUCGGCUGGCAGUAGCGCGAAGGUGCCGGAGCCGGGCGGCAGUGGCGCCAAGGUGCCUGCCGAGCCAGCAGGCGGCAGUAGCAGCAGUGGCGGCAGCUGUAGCGGUGGCGGCGGCGCAGACGGCAGCGAUGGUGUAGGAGCGGUGGCGGCGCCCGCCGAGGGUGGUCACGCCGCCACGGCGACAGCCACCGCCCUAGAUCCCGGUGCGGCUGCUGCGGCUGUAGCAGCGGCCGGCGCCACCGCAAUGGCAGCUGCAGUCGCUGCUACAGCGGCGGCGGGUGAUGACGGCGUGUCGGCGGCGGCGACGGCGCUAGGAUUCGUGCCAGUGUCGUGCAUCCUGCUUGUGCGGGAGGAGGUGGAGGUCGAGACGGAGGUGGAAAUGACAGCCCUGGGUGGGGGCUCGGGGCUGCGGCUGCAGGAUCCAACCGCAACUGCAGUGGUGCCAGGCAGUAGCAGCACCAGCAGCAUCGGCACCAGCAGUGGGGAGACGGCUGCAGCAGCAGCAACCGCUGCUGCAGGGCUGUGGGCUCCGCGCCUGACCCCAAUCCACCAGCUGCCGACACCACAUUGCGAACGUGGCAGUGACGGUGGUGGCGGCGGUGGCGUCAGUGCUGCUGCUGCCGACCCGUUGCCGCAAUGCCCGCCGCUGUUACUGCCGCUGCUGCCGGCCACUGCAUCCACUCGCACCCAGUUCCACUCGUGCCGCCUGCCCUCUCGGGGCGGCGGCAGUAGCAGUGGAAGCGGCAGUGUCAACGGCAGCGGCAGCGGCAGUAGCAGUACCAACUGCAUGUCCACAUCCGGCAGUAGCACAGGCGCCACCGGGGCGGCGGCGGCGCCUCCGCCGUCUGUAGCCGCCGCUGCUACAGCCGCCGCCGCCACUGCAGCAGCAGCAGCAGCUGCUGCCGACCUGCUGCUGCCGCGGUAUCGGGAGGUGCGCUGUGGGCUGCUGAUGCGCGUGAUCAGCCGCCGCCAGCUACAGCCGUCCAGCAGCGCCGGCAGUAGCAGUCGCAGCAGUGGAGGAGACGGUGGCGGCGGCGGCGGUGGUAGCAGUGGUGGCGCUGCUACUGCCGGUGGCGGCGGCGGCGUCAGCCGCCUGGAGAGCCCAUGAGGCUGCAUGCUACAGCCGGAGGGAAGAUGGGGGGAAGGAGGCAUGGUGGCGAUUGGCGAUAGCAUGAUACUUUAGAUCCACAAUCUCUGUUGUGACAGAAUGCGGCGGCAGAUGCGUAUGGCGACCCAGGCACUGCAAGGCCACAUAAUCGACGUGAGGGGCUGCAGGUACAGUCGGAUGGACACGUGCACGCCAACGGCUCGUAGGGCCGGAGGAUGCUGGUGGAGCAGUCGCAUGGCGGCAGGAAUACACACACGCACACGCACACGCACACAGACACAGACACACAGUGUAGGUGUACGUGUGCGCCCGUGCGUAUGUGCCCGCGCGCGGAGCAAAGAUGCCAAAGAGGAUGGUGCUAAACCGUUUUGCAUUGCAUUCUUUACUUGAGUCCCGGCGUAGCGAUAAUGUAGCAUGUGCAAUGUAGCAUGGGCGCCCAGCAACACCGCGCGGGUCACGACAUGCGCCUAGGCAGCAGGCCUGCGGCAGCCGAAAGCAGCUGCAUGCGAGGAGCCGCAGCAGGCGAAUGUCCGUCGGCUGCGCAUCUAGUGGUGGGGAUUGUGAAUGCCGUAUUGAAGGCAGGUUGUCACACACUGAUUGUCAGACCUAGAGCUUUAGAUGGCGGCUGUAGCGACCAUGGGAUUGGAUUGGAUGGCCGAUGGGAGUGGUAGCUAGCACUGAAAUAAGAGGCACGCGCACUCACACACAGCACGCAGUCCCUUCCCUCCGUAAGCAUGCGGCUUGCGCCAUUAUUGCUUGAGCAUUCAUGACUUGACAUGCAUAUGAGCACGAUACACACAUGAGAGUAACACAGCCGUGAGAGGAACACAGAUUCAAGGGUGACACACACGUGACAUGUCUGAUCAGCGCAGGCAGGCUAGCACCGACACUGUGAGGUGCCGAUGCGCGACAGGUUAAGCCACAGGUUAAGCCACAGGUUAAGCCACAGGUUAAGCCAUAUGGAGCGGGGAAUUGAGGUGGAGGACUAGACUCAUGCCUGGAUUCUCGGAGGUGCAAGGAGGUCAUCGGAGA